CGCACAGGGGGAGUGUGAGGCGGCUCGGCGACUCUGUGACGCCAGGUCGAUAAGACCCAACUCAGGCAGCGAGAGCGCUCAGGAGGGGCCCGGUGAUUCCCAGAAAGCGUAAACUACACACAAAAAAAGUGACUGUCAAGAGGACACUGGACCUUUCAGCGCUAAGGAGUCCCUAAAACACACAAACAACAACAAAAUCAAAGAACACUUUACCGUUUGCCUUCUGGAGGUGGAUAGUGUCCUAACACUCCUCACACUUCUUUUAGGAGAGGAGAGGACAGUGCGUCCACCAUGAAUGUCACCUCACUCUUCUCAUUCACCAGCCCUGCUGUCAAACGGCUGCUCGGAUGGAAGCAGGGAGACGAAGAAGAGAAGUGGGCAGAAAAAGCGGUUGAUGCUCUGGUUAAGAAACUGAAAAAGAAGAAGGGAGCCAUGGAGGAGCUGGAACGGGCUCUCAGCUGCCCCGGGCAGCCCAGUAACUGUGUGACGAUCCCUCGUUCACUGGAUGGACGGUUGCAGGUGUCCCACAGGAAAGGCCUGCCACAUGUUAUUUAUUGCCGGGUGUGGCGCUGGCCUGACCUGCAGUCCCACCAUGAACUGAAGGCGCUGGAGUGCUGCGAGUACCCCUUUGGCUCCAAACAAAAGGAUGUGUGCAUUAACCCCUACCACUACAAACGGGUCGACAGCCCAGUGCUUCCUCCUGUCUUGGUUCCAAGGAACAGCGAGUUUAACGCUAAGCACACAAUGCUUCCUCGAUUUCGCAACCCUCUACAGCAAAACGAGCCACACAUGCCCCAGAAUGCCACCUUCCCAGAAUCCUUUGCACAGGCCAACACUGUGCCAUUCCUUCACUCUCCCGGUAAUAGCUACCCAAAUUCCCCCGGCAGUGGUAGCACCAUCACCUUUCCUCAUUCACCCUCUAGCUCCGAUCCUGGCAGUCCAUUCCAGAUGCCAGAGACUCCUCCACCCGCUUAUAUGCCUCCAGAGGAGCAGAUGACUCAGGAUUGCCCCCAACCAAUGGACACCAACCUCAUGGCUCCACCCUUGCCCUUAGAAAACAACAAUCGAGCAGUGUCCUCUCCAGAUGUGCAGCCAGUGGCUUAUGAAGAACCCAAGUACUGGUGCUCCAUUGUUUACUACGAACUCAACAAUCGAGUAGGUGAAGCGUUCCAGGCUUCCUCCACCAGUGUUCUCGUCGACGGCUUCACAGAUCCCUCCAACAAUCGCAAUCGAUUUUGCCUCGGCCUGCUCUCCAAUGUGAACCGGAACUCCACCAUCGAGAACACCCGACGGCACAUUGGCAAAGGCGUCCAUCUGUAUUACGUUGGAGGAGAGGUGUAUGCAGAAUGUCUAAGUGACAGCAGCAUAUUUGUCCAGAGUCGUAACUGUAACUACCAACAUGGAUUCCACCCCACAACUGUGUGCAAGAUUCCCAGCAGAUGCAGCUUGAAGAUAUUCAACAACCAGGAGUUUGCUGAGCUUCUGGCCCAGUCUGUCAACCAUGGCUUUGAGGCAGUUUACGAGCUCACUAAGAUGUGUACCAUCCGCAUGAGCUUUGUUAAGGGCUGGGGAGCAGAGUACCACCGUCAGGAUGUGACCAGUACACCCUGCUGGAUAGAGAUCCAUCUGCAUGGUCCUCUACAAUGGUUGGAUAAGGUCCUGACCCAGAUGGGCUCCCCCCACAACCCUAUAUCCUCUGUCUCCUAGGCUUCUGUGGCCCCAGUGGUCUCUGUCCUCAGCCCUGCGGCUGUCCACACCCCAGCAUUUUUGACUAAGUAGCAAGAAUAGCAGCUAACUGGUCCCAAGGUAGUUUGCGGUUUACUCCUCACUUGUAGAGUUUUGACGAAAACCCAAACUGAUCUGGGACCUGCAUCAUUGAACAGGUCAUAGGUAGGUUUGUUUUGUACUUGAAGGACACCAGAAUUGGGCACAUUUACAGACUGGGAGAGGGAUAAGCAGAGUUAAAAGAUGCAACUGGAAAUUACUUGAUCUUUGUGACCAAUCAUUUGACCGACCAUCACAUGCAUCAUGAGGUGAGCGUCCUCUUAGAACUGGCUUUCACUGUUCCUUCUAUCAACUGUUCUGUCAUUCUGGAAAACAACUCAUUUUGUAUCCAAAUAUUUCACUCAAAACUCAACAUGAGUAGUGACAGUAGUUAUGGGACCAGGUCACCAAAUGUUACAGUCGGUCGAUAUUUUCCGUGAAUUAUGUUCUGCAAUGGAAUAUAUAAACGGAAAGUUCUUUUAAAAAGUACAGAAUUAGCGGGGAAUUUAGUUAUUGCUAACUAAAUUCUAACUAAAAUCAGCUAACUCUGGAAACUCAACAAGCUUCUGAAAAUGUUUUUUUAAAAAUAAAAAUGAAUCAUAACAACAAAACAGCCUAAAUAAAUCAGAAAUAAUUAGUGUAAGUGUAAAAAGUAGCAUUUAGUUAGAGGCAUGAGACUCAAAGGGCAAUUCAGUCAAUAAAAAAAAAAAGAAAUUGAAAUCUCAGUGUUGUUACUGUUGUUACAUGUUUUCUUUUACGAGAAUGAUUAAAAAAUACUAUCAUGACAUAUUUACUAUUAAAAAAUGUGCUGUGCAGUCUGUUUUUUUUGUUUGUUUUUUUGCGAUGCAUAGUUUGUUUAGUGUAGUGUUCUGCAUUUAGGACUGAUAACAUGAAACUGCAGCAGUUUGCAGAAAGAAACGUGCCCGACAUGUGGCGGCACUGCUGAUGCACAUCUAUAUACACGUCACUGUUUAGAACCAUGCUUCCAGUGAAACCCACCCACCUUCAUGCACUGAGACUCAUGUAUAGAACAAAUGCAUUACAGAGAGGGAAACAUAUUUUUUUGAAAAAUCUUUAACCCUGUAACCUGUGUUGUGGAAAUAUUGUCACUUUUGUUUUGUCAAUGAGAGUAAUCAUGCAAACAUUGUUGAUGGUGCUCCAAAAAUAUUUGUCAUUGUCACCUUUUUUUUUUAACUGAUCCUCCUCACUCUUUUCUUUAUAUUGUGGAGCAUUAAAAACCUUUUUUUUCCUCAACACAUUUUUAAUCACCCUAGUGGAACUUCCUUUGCCUACUUCCUGGUAUUUGCUUCCCUUUUCACCUUUGGCAAACCAUCAUUGCUGGUUAAUGUUAAAGGAUUUGCCAAUGUGGGAGGCUAAUUGGACUGAGUUCUUUAUUUUGCGGCAAAACGUAUUUGUGCCCAUAAGCGUUAUCGACAUUUUACGAAAUUCUCUGCUCAGAUAAAUUUAUUUAAACAUAUGUUUAACACUCCAAUGAAAGUUUUUUUCAGUCACAUUUCAUUUCUUCAUUUUAAGGGAUUUUUUUGUUUAGGUCUUGAUUUGGUUUCUGACUUUUCUAGCUAGUUUUUUGUCAUUUUUUUUUUUCACUAUUUGUCUAGGGUCCUUUCAUUGUUUUUUUUUUUUCAUUGAAUUACUUUCCCUUGACUUCCUAUACUCACAGACAGCUGAGUUUGGAUUUUGUGAAGUGUUGUCCUAAUCCUAUGAUGGCGGUGCAAACAAAACAAAAUAAACAUUUCAAUUUUGAAAAAAAUAAAAAUAGUGGUAAAAGCAUAUUGUAACGGGGAUUAAUGCUUUUGCAAACAAGCAGAGUGGGGACUGGCACGACAUACUCUACAGAAAUAAUAGUGUUUUUGUUUACAGCACUUGAAAAUUCCUUCAAAUCCCUAAUUUUAAACUCUGAAAGAAGGUGCGAUCUUUUUUAAAUGCAACUAUUAUCAAAUACAGAUGAGGUUUGCAACAAAAGUUACAAUUUGUUGGAUCAUAUUUAGAGCCAUAACUGACUUCCACUGCUGCAACACAGCACAGCAAGUUCAGAAAAGCUGUUUGUUUGUUUUUGUUGGAGGAGCUGAACUAGUUUUCCUUUCGUUGACCUCGGCCCAAAAAUGCUGAUUCACUGAAUAUGGGAUUGCUUCACAUUUCUGCCAUUACAGUGUAAAUAUUUUAUUAAAUCUCUCAUAUCAUUUUUACAGUGGUUGGAAAAAAAACUCAUUAAAAUGACUUAAGUAAAAAAAAUAAGCAAUCAGGUGUUAACCAAUGAAAGAGAAAGUGUCACUUAUUCAUGUCAAACUAUGUUUUAUUGAUGUCUCUUUAUCUUGUUUCUUUUCUUUUUUUUAAGAUUUGUUCAGUUUUCAUCCGUUCUUGCUUUGCUGAACACAUAACAUUCUUUUUUUUGUAUUUUCAACAUUUUUGCUUUGUCUGCACUUUCACAUGUUGCUUCAUUGUCUGUUUUGCUCAAUAAGGCAGUUUUGUUCAUGAAUAUCAAGUCUCUACUGGAAAAUUCAAUAAAACUGUUUCAAUAA